GGCUCUGCUUCUCGCGGGAGGGCAUCUCAGGCGGCUCCGGUGGAUGCGGGCUGCGGGCGGCCCCGGCCCUGCUCCUGAAGGGGCUCUGCGCUGAAGAUGGAUGACUUGGCUCUCCUUGACCUGUUGGAGUGUCCCGUGUGCUUUGAGAAGCUCGACGCCUCAGCAAAAGUGCUGCCGUGCCAGCACACCUUCUGCAAGCCCUGUCUGCAGAGGAUCCUGAAAUCGCAGAAGGAGCUGCGGUGCCCCGAGUGCAGGACCCUCGUCCUGGGCAGCAUUGAGCAGCUGCCCUCCAACCUGCUCCUCAUUCGCCUCCUGGAUGGAGUCCGGUGCGGACAGAACGCCGGCAGGUUUGGCUCGGUGCAGAGGUCGGGGGUCCUGUCGUCCCCCGCCUCCAUCAGGAGGGUCCCCAGGGGGCUGCAGCUGCACCAGCACCGGCUGGCGACCAAUCCCCGGAUCCACAUGGAGGGGGUGCCACGGGCCAGGGCUCUGUACUCGUACCGCGGGCACAACCCGGGCGAGCUGCGCUUCAACAAGGACUUUGUUUUCUCUGUUUCCUUUCUCCCACAGGUCUACCCCGCACCAGGAGCACUGGGGCCCCCGGCAGCCAUCGUGACCCUUCCCCACCUGCAGCACCACGGGCCAGCCUACCUGUGCGUGGCUCUGCACUCGUACGCGGCGCACGGACCGGACGAGCUGGAGCUGCAGAAGGGAGAAGGGGUCCGUGUGUUCGGCAAGGAGCAGGACGGGUGGCUGCGGGGCAUGUCCCUGGUCACCGGCAGGGUCGGCCUCUUCCCCAGCAACUACGUCAGCCCCCUCUUCAGGAAAUCCAGUCUCACCGACUCGAAGAUGCCUUCCCUGUACACCUCCUGGACGCUGUCCACGUCCUCGCUGUCCUCGCAGGGCAGCGUGCCCGAGGGCGGCCCGCGGCAGAGCCGGGCCCUGCGGCCGCUGCUGCUGCCCGUGCCCAUCCCGUGCCCCGGCCGGGCCCCGGCCCCGCUGCGCCGCGGCCGCGGCAGCGCCAGGAGGAACGGAUCCCUGCAGAGGCCGGGCCAGGCGGGGACCCCCGUGCAGAUCACCGGCUCCCUCCGGCGCCCCUCGGCUGCGGGGCGAGCUCAGCACUUCCAGCUGUACCCGCACAGCGUCCCCGGCACGGACGAGACAGAGAGGCCAAACCCCUCCUAUGAGGGUACCCCGGCGCUGCUGGUCAGGGGAGGGGAGAGCCGAAGCCCCUCGGUGUGCAGCUCGGUGAUCCUGGACGCCAAAGAGCCCUCGGUGAAGAGCGAGGCCGCUCCAAAGCCGCCGGCGUCAGCCCCGCCGUCCAUCCUGGUGAAACCAGAAACGUCCCGCAACAGCGCCGAGAAGGUACCGAACCCCCCCUACCCCAGAGCAUCCCCGCGGAACCGCAGCGGCUGCCCAAACCAGCCAGGGCCAAAUCCCCGAGGGCUCUGCUCCAACCGCACCAAUUCCUUCCUAUAGAAAUCGGGGGGGAUUGACACACGCCUUAGGAAAUCGGGGUUUGGUGCUGCUGUUUAGAUUAGGCCCUGAGGAAAGGCAGGGCUCUGCAGGCGCUCUGUCCCUGUCACCCAGCUCAGUCACAAGCAAAUCUCGAGACUUUUCUGAGGUCAUAAAUUGAGCAAAAAUCUGUGAGUUUGGGAGCAGCGCCACAGAACUGCUGUCAGGCAGAGCUUUGCAGAACUCCCCCAUCUCCCUCAUGUCACUCGGGCUGAGCCAUUUGGAAUGGGAAUUUCUUUCCCGUUUGGCAGCCAGAGAUAUAUCUCAUAAAGCUUCCCUCUCCCAUAGUACCCAGAGCCCUGCCCAAAUCGUUCCACAUGCCCCCAAA